CAUUACUUACAAUACAAAAACAAAUAGUGACUUAAAGUUGAAGUUUUAUUUACAUUGAUAAGCUGUACAUCUCUCCUCUUGUCCUGUAGGAAGUAUUAAAAGUGAUGCGCACCAUAGAUGACAGAAUUGUCCAUGCCCUCAAUACCACUGUGCCCACUGCAUCCUUUUCAGGCAAAGUGGACGCCACACAGACCUGCAAAGAACUUUAUGAAUCUCUCAUGGAAGCUCAUCUUUCCAGAGAUAAGGCAAUAAAGUCAUGUAUUACAGAGACCUCUGCUGUUGUUGGGCAGUUACGUGAAGAGAGGGCAAAAGAUGGCGACAACUUGUCAGUUAUCAAGCAACUCAGGAAAGAGCAAACUAAGUUAAAACUCAUGCAGUCUGAGUUAAAUGUUGAAGAAGUGGUCAAUGACCGGAGUCUGAAGGUUUUCAACGAAAGGUGCCGAAUUCACUACACCUCUCCCAAGAUCAAGUGAAUAAUACUUCCGUUGUCAACGUAAACCACACAGUUGUUCUGAGAAAAACACCUGGAGCUGAGCCUGGACAUUGUCACUGACCCCACAAACCAUCCUCCAUCAGUACGCUCUGUGGCUGAUUGUUUCUGCAGUGAAGAAACACUACUGUUGUCCAAGUCCUGUAAACCUUUUUGUAUAAAUAGUGUACAAAAGAUUUUAUAAACCAUGAAAUGUUUUCCAAUUGCUGAAACUUUGUCUGUUAUUUGCUUUGCAAUACAGUGAUUAAUGUUCAGUUGAAGUGAAUGGGGAGACUUAAGAUUAUUGAUCUGUUCUCAGAUGUUGACGUGGCCACCUGUGUCAAAGGUUAAAGCCGGAGUUUUCCAACCUGGUGUCAUGGGAAAACAUAACUAUUUUACGAGUUGGCGAUUUCGUAUGAAUUUGUACGAUGUGAAUUGUAUGAACGUAUGAUUUUUAGACAAAAGUAUGAAGGCCCACCCCUUAAACAUAACCAUCACUGGGGUGGGAGCAGAUCGUACAAAA